UUAUAUGGAGAAUACGCAGGAAACGGCUCCGUUUUGCAGGGAAAAUGCGGAAAUGCAGGCCUGGAGGCUGGAAUGCUUUCUACGUGGCACAGAGAGGGGCGGCUCGCGCUUUAUGAUGGGGGUUUAUGAGCAUGUAAUUAUAGAGGGCUCGCCGAGCAGUGCAACAGGCCUUUUUUAACUUUAUAUUUAUUAGAUCAGAUCAUCAUAUGUCUCCUUAUUAUAGUAAAGUACGUUUUGAUAAAUGCAUAUAUUAUAUUAUAUAUUAUUACUAAUUCUUCUUACACCCAAAUGCAUCCAUUCAUUUUAGUUUCCUUUGAAUUAAUAAAACAAAUUAGUUUGCAAUCUAUACUUUUGUAAUGUGAAUAAUGUUAGAAUAGUUUAAAUUACAUGAUAUAUGCACAGCAGAUAUUGUAAUUAUCUAUAUAAUGGCAUAUUUUACAUGCUUUCUUGUAUAGAGUUUGGACACAAAUAUCUUAGAGGGACAAACUGGAAUUAAACUGUUCUGGUUUAUGGUAUCUGGUUUAAACUAUUUACAGCAGCCAUGUAAAAUGUUCGCAAAUCAAGGCAGAAUGAACUUUCAUAGUUGUAUAGGCCUAUGUGUCUUUUUGGACCCUUCAAACUUAAAAGUGAAUGUUACUGGUGGGAUUUGACGAAUAAACAUAUUUUUUUUAGUAAAUCACUGUAAUGUUUUUUUUUUUAGCUGCAUGGGGGAAGGGUGCGUUCUGACGGACUUUGGGGACGUGGAGAGACUGUGGGGCGGGCGGGUUUUGUUCUCUCACACUCCUGCGUACUUUGGGAUUCCCAUACGGGACCAUGGCCUCCUCAUCGCACUGCCUCAGGUUUGCAUUUCUUUUAUUCUGUUUUACUUUUUGCGUCCUUGCGCAGUAUGAGAAAUACAACUUUCGUAGUUUCCCACGGCACGAGCUUAUGCCCCUGGACUCGGCGUACCGACACGCUUUAGACCAGUACAGUGAGAAAAAGUGGUCCGAGAGCGUGGAGUUUCUGGAGAUGAGUCUCCGGCUGUACCGGCUGCUCAGGGACAGCGAGGCCUUCUGUAACCUCAACUGCAGCACGGUGCGUCUCGAUGACGAGACGCGCUUUAGCGACUUCCCCGAGCUGCACGCUUUCGGUAAUGUGAUGAAGCGAGCUCAGUGUCUGAAGCGAUGCAAGCAGGGCUUACCUGCCUUCAGACAGACGCUUCCCAGCCGUGAAACCAUCGAGGAGUUUGAGAAACGGGAGCCCUACAAGUACCUGCAGUUUGCUUACUUCAAAAGUGAUCAUUUGGCCAAAGCUGUAUCUGCAGCGUACACAUUUCUUCUGAAGCAUCCUGAUGAUGAGAUGAUGCAGAGGAACAUGAACUACUACAAGAGUUUACCUGGAGCUGAUGAACAUAUGAAAGACCUGGAGACCAAGUCAUAUGAGACAUUGUUCAUUCGGGCCGUGCGGGCGUACAAUGGCGAUAACUUCAGAACCUCAGUGUCAGAUAUGGAGUUGGCACUGAGAGACGUUUUCAAGGUGUAUGAUGAGUGCAUCGCUGCAUCAGAGGGAUCCAGACAGAUCAAAGACUUCAAAGACUUUUACCCGUCCAUUGCAGAUCAUUACGCAGAGGUUCUGGAGAGGAAGGUUCACUGUGAGAGCGAGCUCACGCCGGUUGUAGGUGGAUUUGUUGUUGAGAAAUUUGUGGCAACCAUGUACCACUACCUCCAGUUUGCUUAUUAUAAAUUGAAUGAUCUGAAGAACGCUGUACCGUGUGUGGCCAGCUACAUGCUCUUUGAUCCCAGUGAUGAGGUGAUGAAGAAUAAUGUGGAUUAUUAUCGGUACCAUAGAGAAAAAUUUGGCCUCACUGAUGAGGAUUUCUUCCCUAGAGCGGAAGCAGUACGGUACUACAAUCAAACGACGCUACAGCUGCAGAUGCUAGAAUCUGCCAAACAGAAGUUUCUGCCAGAUGAUGAGGGUGAAGUCUUAGAGUUUCUUGAUGAAUAUCUUAAUGCUGAGGAUGAAUAAACGAUUUUAUUUGCACUGAAAUAAAAACAUUGUGAAAAAGACCAUGAAGGUAUUCUCAUUCCUCUACAAUUUUUGUUCUUGUAUUUAUUUAGGGGUUGGUGAUUGGAAGUGUUGAUAUCUUUUUACUGUACACAUCUGUACUAUAAUAUGUACUUAUAUUUACACAUGUAAAUACAGGUUUUACACAUGCACCACAAGCCAAAAUAUUAUAAAUCUGAAUCCCUGUCAACUUACUGUAUCUUAGAGAAAACAAUGUGUGUUUUUGUUUUAUUAAAGGUUGCUUUUCUACAUUAAAUAAAAUCCAAAUAGCAAUCCAGAAGGGAUACCAUGAUGAUAUCCAGGUAGACUUGAGCUGCAAUAACUGGUUAAACACUGAAAAUGUAUUUUUUGGCUGAUUGUUAUAGAUGCAGAUGCUAUCGUAAUAAAUAAUGUGGAUGAAAACUCGCCACUUUUGUGCUGUGAAA